AAUCUUAUUUGAUAUCCUCUCGCCGUCUCCUAUCAAUCUACAGGAUAUUUAGAAUCUCUACAGAAACUUUGUGAGGAGAUGUCAGGAAGAGGAAAGGGAGGAAAAGGAUUGGGAAAGGGAGGAGCCAAGAGGCACAGGAAGGUGCUUAGGGAUAACAUCCAAGGUAUCACCAAGCCUGCCAUUCGUCGUCUUGCUCGUCGAGGUGGCGUCAAGCGUAUUAGCGGUUUGAUCUACGAGGAGACCAGAGGAGUCCUCAAGAUCUUCCUCGAGAAUGUCAUCCGCGACGCUGUCACCUACACCGAGCACGCGAGGAGGAAGACUGUCACCGCCAUGGAUGUGGUUUAUGCUUUGAAGAGGCAAGGACGCACUCUCUACGGUUUUGGCGGUUAAAUCGACGGAGAUGGGGAUUAGGGUUUCUAAAAUCUGGGAAUAUCUUGUUUCUGUUGUCUGCGUUUUGAAUUUGAUUAGUAUUAAGUAAAUCCAUGAUGUUAGCUAUUGUUGUUUUUGCCUUUUGUGAUGGUCGUUAGCAAUGUUUCCUUACUGUAGCUAAACUUUUAGCUGAUAAAAAUCUUCAAUGAAAGUUAGAUUGAACAA